GUGGCGUUCUGACGAGAGAUGCGCAACGAACUGCAUGAAGGAUGGGUUCCGCCUCGUCAGCUAAUCAAGCUGUUUCUACAAAUCCACAACUUCCAACAGGACCUGUAAAAUCGGUUGAUUCUCGUCUACCUUUCACUCAUUACAAACAAGUUUUCACUCUAAAAAACAAUUGGAAGGCAGUUUCGAGGAGAAUGGACGAAGUUUCCAAGGACUGUUUAUCAAGAUUCUUUAUGGCUCAUCCCCAUCAUCUACAACUACACUCCGAACUGGCCAAAAUGGACAAAAGUACAUUAGAAAGCAGCAUAGAAUUUGAGAACUCUGCUCUAAAUGUUUUUCAAUGCAUCGAUGAAGUUGUUAAGAAAUUGGAAGAGGAUGUUGACUCGGCUAUAGCGGUAUUAGAGAAGACUGGAAAAUUUCAUAAGGGAAUAGAUGGCUUCGAAGCUUCAUAUUUUCAGGAUAUGGAAAAUCCGUUUGUGGACUCGAUAAAAGAUUGUUUGGGAGAGAGAUGUACAGAAGCUACUGACGGUUUAUUACACAAUUUUUAUGCGUUUUUAGUUACUUAUUUGUCAAAACCCUUCGAAAGGUGACAAUUUGGUAGAUUUCAAUUAAAAACACAAUAAAAUUUAAAUAAAUUUUGUACUUAUUCAAA